AAUGCACGUGUCUGGAAAGUAGCACUAUAAAUGCGUCCUUACUCUUUCAGACCACAGUCUGAACCUCGAAGUUCCUUUAGUAGUUGAAGUAAUAGGUUGCACUUUACUGCUUGUGAGAUGCCUUGGGAGGGUAAAGAAACACAAUGAUUUUUUUUUUUUUUUUUUUUAAGAUGGAGUAAGUGAGUGAAGUGAGAAAAUGCAGCAGCACAGGAGUGACAGCGGUGUGAAGAGGACGUGCGGAUCCGGAGAAUAAGGCACGACGCGUUGUCGGCAAACAGUAAAUUAAUACAACGCAGGAUCCUGGCAGGAGCGAAUAAUUAAAGCAUCACGACAAGUUGGUGAGGCAAAAUAAAAUGAAGCCUCAAGACAUCGUGAAUGAGAAGAGCCUGUGGAUAUUCGGAUACGGCUCCUUGGUUUGGAAGCCCGAUUUCAAAUUCAAGAGGAGUAAAAUAGGGUACAUCCAGGGAUACAAGCGCCGCUUCUGGCACGGAGAUAAUUUCUACAGAGGAGAUGAUCUCAUGCCAGGAAGAGUUGUCACUCUUGUGGAAGAUGGUAAUGCAUGCACCUGGGGCGUGGCGUACGAGGUGACCGGCUCCCAGAUUGAGGAGUCCCUCGGGUACCUGAAUGUAAGAGAAUCCGUUAACGGCGGCUAUGUGAGCCAGUGGGUUGAGUUCGUCCCGCGUGAUGAUGACCAGUCGCCGCUCAUAGCUCUGGUCUACAUUGCCACCGCAGACAACCCCAUUUACUUGGGGCCUGCAAGUCCAGAGGAGAUUGCUGCUCAGAUCUCCACUUGCAAGGGCAAGACUGGCGACAACAUUGAGUACCUUCUUCGUCUGGCUCAGUUCAUGAGGCUGUACUGUCCUGGAGUGGAAGAUGACCACCUUUUCUCCAUUGAGGCUGCUGCCCUAGCCCUCAUGCCCUACGUGAUGGGGUCUUACUGGAGUGUGCCUACACCUUAAUGGUCAUCACGUUACACUUUGGCCAUAGAACUCCACUGAAAAACAGGGUCCAAAAUGCCAGUCUUUGUAUUGUCGUCUUGUGUUUACUUAUGCAUAAUGGUUUACUUCACGAACAGUUUGUUCAUAAAGAGCCAAAGCUUUCUUUUUAUUUUGUUCUAGAGUAAAUAGGGAUUGAAGUAUUUUUAUCAGGAUGUUGCAUGGUGUUCUUGCCCAAAUUUUGAAAGUUUUUCUGACUUGAAAAUCACAUAUAUGGGCUACUGUGCAAUAUUGUUUUUUCUGCUGUUAUAUUUUGAUGUUACUACUAAUUGCAAAUUUUGUCAAUCAGGGUUCAGAACUGCCUUAAAUAGAGGACAACAUGAAGUUUUAGGUUUGCACAAUGCUGGUUACAGCCAUUAAAUUACAUACAGAUGUCACUUAAUCCAUCCAUCAAUUCAUCUAUAAAAGUGUAGGUGAUGUCUACUGCCACACACACACACACA